AUGAAAUGUGACCCUUGCCCCCAAAACAUGGCCCCUGUAGUACAAGAAAUAAAGCAAAUGCAGGACGACUUCGAAUCGCGCCUUACCAUGAAAAUUUGCGCACUACUCAAUGAGCAAUUUAAUGAAUUUAAAACUUCGGUAUUUGAAAAAAUUUGCAAUUUAACCAAUAAGAUUGACAAAUUAGAAAAAAUAACCCUAAAAAUGGACAAAGAUAAUAGUGCAUCAACGCAGGGAUAUGCAGCGGCGGUACAGCACCCAUUGAACCUAGAUAAUGGGAAGACUAAGCCGAAAGUAAAAUCUGGCCCUCAGGAGAAAAAUAAGGGAGCUUCGGGCAAACCUAAUCCACCCGAAAAAAGUAAGCACACCUAUCUCUUCUUUAGCGCCAGUUUCAACUUUAGUCUCUGA